AUGGUGGCUUUUGGAAAUGAAAAGAAGGUAAGAGUCGUUUUUAUCUUAAUCACCUUAUAUCUUUGGCUGAGUAUGCCAUCUGUCAUUAAGGUCGUUGUAUAAUGCUAAGAACACAAAUAUAAUUGAUUUUUUUGCGAACAAAAAGUCUUUUGUCACAGUUUUUGCUCAUAAUUUAUUCUGAAAAUCACUUGACCGAUCAAGCAUGUCAUCAGGUGUUUACAUUCUCUCCUUAUGCAUAUUUAAAAAAAAUAUUUUGUACAUGGAUAGGUCUGUACACGGAUAGGUCUGAAUUAAAGUCUUGUAUUGUUCGUGAUAGUGCUACAAAACCGUUGUUCAUUGGUGAAAAUUUUGUGUAGGUGCUUGUCGAGUUUGGCGAGAGGAGACACGUGAUGUGUAUCUCUGACGAGGGAAGUCUAGACGUGCAAAUGCUGUUGCAAGAAGUGAAAAACGCGUUUGGCAUACGGUCGCAAGGAUGUAGUUACUUUAUUCAAAAGUUUUAUCAAGACUGGAAUGAAUGGGUGGACGUCACUGAUGCUUCCUCUCUUGUCAAUAGAGAUAAACUGAAAUUAAUCAAAGCAAACCAUGAGGUAAUAGAGGUGAGCUUCUGUUUGUCUGAAAAUUAAUCUGAAAAGUAAUUGUUUAUAAGCUUUCUUCACCUUUAAAUAUGUGAAUGCAUGGGGUACCCAAUGUGAUGAAAUGAAUGAAAUAUAAAAUUGGGAACAAACAGACAGGCUUAAAAAUUUAAUGGUGUUUUGUGUCUUCCCGCCAGAAAAGUUAUUUUAAAUAAUGAUAAAAACAUUGCAUUGAUUUUUAUGGUAUAGAGUGUUUUCACAUAACGUCACAAUGCCCAUGUUGGUGUCCCAAAACAAAUAAAAGGCGGCCAUGUUGGUGUCCAAACUAAACCUCUGGGAAUUGAACUCUAUUUUUUAUGCAAAUACUUUCUUUUGUUUCAGUAAACCAAUAUGGCCAGUAGUCACGUGCAUGAAAACGCUCUACUAUAAUUUGUUUCUUUACAUAGGAAGAGAAUUCUACCACUGCCAAAAGAAGUUCUUCAAGUGCAUCAAAAUCAGGUAUUGUAGCAUGA